AUGCAACGCAUUCCGACUCAUGUUAAAAUUGCUUUAAAAGUGUUGGCCGAAGUUAAAGCGCCAGAGAAGCUUCAAUUCUCCUUAUCGAAAAUUUUAAAUACUAUUAGACGAAUCGGCAGCGAUUGUAUUAUCUUAGCCAACGAUACACACAUGGCGUUUUCCAAUGUGAUGAAUCAUCUGGGUGAGGUGAUUGCUUUAACUGAAGUGAGUAAGAGUCAACGUGAAAGUCGAUUGCGAGAAACGGAAAUUGAAUUGAAUGUGUCUCGCACAUGGCAAACCCAAUUGAAACAAUUAAAUGAUAUUCUUAAAGAACAUUAUGAAAGUACGGUAGAGGAUUUACGCUUUGCUCAUAUACAAUAUUCCAGAGCUUUGGCUAGACGUCCGUCUAAAUUCGAGAAAGGCUUGAUGCGUAUAACUGGUGCUGUUUUAAAGUUGAUUAAUAAUGCAGUGAACAAAUUCAAAAGUGUAUCUUCGGGUAGUAGACAAAGUAAUUCCAUGUCUACAGCUCUAAACGGUCUGAUAAGCGAGAAUGUAAUUCCAACAACGGAUAAUGGUAAAACUCUUCUUAUGGCUCAAUCAUUUUCUGACUCAAUAAGAGACUUGAUCCAAAUAUUCAAUAAUGUCUUUUAUCCAACGAACAAUCAGACAACUGAUGGUAGUCCACAAGAAAUGGAAAAUAUUCUUUAUGAGAUCGAAACGUAUGCUAAAUUAAUUGGUAAUAAUAGCAUCGCUACAAAUAUUAUUCAGCCUAUGAUCAAACGAGCAAGAAAUCUGAGCACCAUAGCUAUUCAGUUAGUGAAAAAUAAUGGUAUUGAACGGGAAGUGGAUAGAAAUGAAACAGAUCGUGUGUUGUCUGAACUCAAUAGAUUGAAUCGAGAUACAAAAACGAUCGAUGCUGCUGCAGGACUUAUCAGUGAUUCUUCCCGUAUGAAAGUGAAUAGCGUUAAUGAUUUCUCAUCGGAUUCUGAGAAAAUGAUUGUUCAAAUAACCGAACGAAAACUUCAAGAUACUCAAACACGAAGUGAAGCGAGUCGUAUAGAAUUACAAAAGAAUAUCAAUGAAAUGAGUGAACUUGUUGGAAAAAUAGCUGCAUUGGAUUUGACAAGAAUAAAUUACGCUCAACUUCUUGACUAUAUGCGACAAGCCUUGGGUUUACUUGGUACAAUGCGUCAAACUUGGGCGAAUUUGAUUUUAUUUUUCUGUACAAUAGCCAAUCAAGCAGAAAUUGCUCUCUCUGGUACACUUGGUCCAUUCGUUAAACAGGCAGAACUUGGCAGCACUGACGGGAUUUCCUUCGAGGAACGCAAAUUCUUUCUUGAACUACUGAAAGAUCAAUCACUCAAUAUUCAUGAAACAUCACAUACACUUUUCAUAAUGUCUCGAACAUAUGUAGAUAUGUCAAAUGAAUUCCUAAUGGCACGGCUUGCUGGACUUUCACUCAUGUUCACAGCCACAAAUGACGAUGAACGAAAGGCACUUAACAAUCAGCUAGCUUUUGAAACAAAAGCUGCACAAAAAAAAGUGAAGGCAUUAAUAGAAGAGCGAAAAAUGAUGUACUCAGCUAUGGUUGAAACUGAACGCACGAAACUGAAGAAAUAUCUAGAAAGUUUAGGAGGACCAUCAUUAGAAAAUCAAAAGGCCAUUGAAGAAGCUACUAGUCUUCUAGGUGUUUAA